ACGGUAUUUCUAAUCUCACGGGUUUAAAGGAAAAUUACGAUAGAAAAAUCGAUCGGUCGAUAUAUUGUAGAUCCGAUCGAUACUCUUUACGAAAGAAUCUGAGAUUCGAUUUAUAUGCAAAUAAGUUUUGACACUUUGGUAAUUCAUAGUCUUUGGUAAAAUAUGUGUUUGUUUUUUUUUUGCUGUUGGCUCAUAGGUUGGUAGGAUAACUGGACUGGACGCGGCUUAUCCGUUGUAUAUGAACACUGGGAAAGAAGGUCACUUGACAGCCAGUGAUGCAGCUUUUGUCGAUGUUAUUCAUACCGACGGUGGAAUCUUUGGUUUUCCAAAUCCUCUAGGUCAUGCAGAUUUUUAUCCGAACGGUGGUAAACCACCGCAACCUGGAUGUAGUCUUGAAAAUAUAUUUCGUCGUGGCAUAAUGUUGCUUAUCAGGGAAAAAAUUACUUGCGACCAUUACCGAGCGUGGAUGUUGUACGUCGAAUCUGUUAAAAAUCCCUUAGGAUUUCCGGCCAGUCGUUGCCCAAGAUGGAGACAGGAAAUCCAUGCUAACUGCAGAUGGACUCCGGAUGCUCUCAUGGGAUUCGCUAUAGAUACCAAAACCAGAGGAAAGUAUUACCUAAGGACGAACGGACGAUCGCCUUUUGCUCGAAAUGUUACGGAAUAUAAUUUUUAAGAUGACAUUUAUUUUUUUUUUACCGUGGACGAUUUUUUUUUUAUAGUUCAAGUUUAUCGUCGUCGUCGUCGCCGUCAUUUUGAUCUCAACAUAUUUUACGUAGGAAUCUAACGUUAAGCUAUAUUUUUCUAGAUCUUAUGUUAGAUUAAUGCUAGUCUAACGUGAAGGUGGAUAGAUUACGUGUUAGAUAAAUAUCGUCGUAUGCUAGAAGAGAUUUCGAUGAACAUAAUAUUCUCCUAUAACAGUUAAGCAAUUCGAGUAACGUGUAUGAAAAUUAUUGAGCUCAGUCAUAUUCGAAAGUGCAGGAACGAACAAGAGGAGAGCUUUGUUCUGGCACCAUACUCGAUAUGAAUAAAUUAAGCG